GUCAAACCUGCAACUCGGAAGGCUGACAUCCGAGGAUUCAGGAACACAAUUAUUCACGUUCCACAUUAUUCAGAAACCUACAACCACACACACACCCAGGACCUGAGAAGGGAGGUUAUGCUCAACGCCCAUUGAGUCACAGAACCAAGCGGACUCAGGGGGGAGAAGACACAUCACUGCCACCAUGGCUCUGAAGUGGGAUUCGAACCCCUAACCCCGAUAGGGUUAAUGCCUUGCGCAUAUCACUGGAGCUAAACAGGGUCAGAGAUAUGAAAAAAGGGUUGGCUACCCAAGAUGCUAGCGACUCAAGUGUAAACGGAAGUGUUUGUGGCUCAGGAAGAAACGUGGCAAACAUUCACCAUGGCCUCACAAAUGCACAUUAAGAUCGGAAUAAUCGGUGGAUCGGGUCUUGAUGACCCAGAUAUCCUGGAAGGGAGGACUGAGCGAUAUGUCGACACGCCAUAUGGAAAGCCUUCAGAUGCGCUGAUAGUGGGGAAGAUAAAGAAUGUUGAAUGUGUGCUUCUAGCAAGGCACGGCAGACAGCACACCAUCAUGCCGUCCAACGUCAACAACCAGGCCAACAUCUGGGCCCUGAGAGAGGAGGGCUGCACUCAUUUGCUGGUCACCACGGCCUGUGGCUCCCUCCGGGAGGAAAUACAGCCAGGGGACAUAGUCAUCAUCGACCAGUUCAUUGACAGGACUACGAAGAGGGCCCAGACCUUCUAUGACGGGCAGCCCGGCCACCCUCCUGGGGUAUGCCACAUCCCCAUGGCAGAGCCCUUCUGCAACAGGACCAGAGACGUGCUGGUGGAGGUGGCAAGGAGCCUGGGCAUCAAGUGCCACGCCCGGGGCACCGUGCUGACCAUCGAAGGUCCCCGCUUCUCCUCGCGUGCCGAGAGCCUCAUGUUCCGCCAGUGGGGCGCCGACGUCAUCAACAUGUCCACCGUGCCCGAGGUGGUGCUGGCGAAGGAGGCAGGGCUGUGCUACGCCAGCAUCGCCAUGGCAACCGACUACGACUGCUGGAAGGAGCACGAGGAGGCGGUAUGUGUUGACAACGUACUGAAGACCAUGAAGGAAAACGCAAAUAAAGCAAGCAGCAUCCUGCUCACAGUGAUUCCCCAGAUCUGCCAAAUGGAUUGGUCACAGACCAUAAAAAGCCUGAAAACACUGGCCCAGUGUUCCGUGAUGUUACCCAAGCACUGAGUAAUGCGACCUCCGCUACACCCACUCACACACACACCACCAGUUUGUCACCCCCGCCACCGCCAGCUCUAGCCUUCAAAUGCCUCCGCCUGGAUUUGGAUCAGCGGUCAAUCACCAAUCACAAGAAAGUGCCUGGCACAUCUAUUGCAUGUCUCCUCAGUGUUUCCUGUUUUUUAAAUGAAGAAAGCUGCAAAAAACAGCGCGGUCAUUUACAAUCUGCACACACUAUUCAUUGUGGUGGAACACUUCCGCAUGGUUUUACGAAGGACUGCCACCUUCUGGGGGAGAGCCCCGGAGAGUUCGGAGGGAUCAGUGUUCAAAGUUCUAGGUCAGAUUUGAAUUCAUUUGUGAGAUCAUAAUUGAUUUUAUUGGCUUUGUAUCUCAGUGUUCAUUUCAGUAUUAGGAGGUUGAAUUGAGAUAUGGCUGUUGCAUGAUUUACUAUUUUACAGCGUUGUUAGCCUUGUAAACAUUGACUUGCCUGAAUGACAAUUUGUAAGUGAUAUUUACCUACAUUAGCUCUGCGAAAUAGGCCUGCCCUACAUGCUUGUAUUAUUGUUUAUUUCAUGUAAAGCUUGUCUGUACGACGAAUGGAAAUGUAUUUUUAUGAGGUGAUCAUCAGCCGGUUGGAUUAUUUUGAUAGUCUUUUAGACCUUAUCUUUGUUUUUAUAGGUCAAAGGCUACUUUAUGCACUUGGAUAUCCUGCUUCACCAUAGGCCUAUGCAAACACACAUAGGCCUGAUUUUGUUGGCACAUCUUGACAGCUUCAAUAAAUAAAAUUUACAAACCUUACAAGCUUCGCAUCUGGAAUAAAUUAGAAAUUAAAAAGGUAAAUUAGUCGAUCAGGUCGGAAGAACUGAUUUGAGAGAUUAAUAUUUAAUGUGGACCGAAACGAUGUCUGAGACAUUGGACUAUUGUUUUAUGGUUUACAACUUGUUUAUAAUCCUGUUACUGACAAUGUGCAAUCAAACUAUAUGACCAAUAAAAAAUUAGGCAUGCGAGACAGGUUUUCCAUUACAAUCCUUUAUGCUUUAACCCACAUCAGCAGGUAAUAAAGGCCUAACCCAAUCUGAUGUUUUACUUUGAAUGCAGAUGACCUAGGCCUACAAUUAUUUUUUUAGUCUUGAUUUAGCAAUUGUUUAUUGAAACAAUAAUCCUAUAAAUCGAGUUUCUCUUUAGCAAAUCUAUAGACUAAAUAAAUGGUAGAACUACUUGCGUGAAUUUGGCAAUACAUUGAAACAUAUCUAAAAAAUGUACAUAUUUAUUUGCACAAAUUCACAAUUCACUUUUUAUUUGUAUACAGGACAACCGAAUACCCCUAUAUGAGACCUAGAGUUACCCAACAUAGUGCAGUAAACGGGUUUUGCGCAUGCGAAAGCAUGGCCGCAUGGAGUCCAGUUUGUGCUUCGAGGUUUACAUGUCAUAUUUGUGGAGAUAGUCUGGCGUCAAGUGAUAAGGGAGAACAGCAUUCACAAGGGGCGUUUCUCGUGUUUGGUUUUGUAAGAAAUAUGUACAAUACAACGCAUCCUGGUCACCAAAUAUAGAUUUUUAAUAAAU